CAUUUUUAUUUUAUAGCUGACGACUGUGGUGUUUUUAACAUUUGCUACUAAUUUAUAUUUAUUCACAAUGCAACAACCCGAUUCGGAUGGUUUUGUAAACAUAACUUGGCCGAGUAGAACGAUUCCUCAUGGAGGCAUUUUCCACACACGCCGCGUGGAGCCGUCAACCCAUCAACAAGAAUUUCUUAAAGUUCUCUUAGAGGAGUCGAAGUUGACCAUCCAGCAGCGGCGGGACACGGCGCUUAAGCUUCGAGAACAGGAGAAGAAACAGAUUCCUAUUGCUGUGGAGAUGCCCAUGGUGAGGCCGCGGACUUCCAAACGACGCUCACUCUCCGCCAUAAGGGAGUCCGGAAUCUAUGAUAUGGACCCUUACAAACCGUUGAAGCGCGGCGAAGACCGGGAGAAGUUGAAAGAGCACUUGGCCAACACGAUGGCGUAUGGGGACAGUCCGGAGCAGGUGCCACCGCCCCCACCGCGUAUCCCAAAACCUACGCCUAAAAUACCCACCGAGAAAGAGAAGUGGAACGACUUGCUUACGCAAAUCCGCGAGCGUGCCGAGUGGUUGGCGGAGAUGGAAGACUUGGGCCAAGCGGAGCCAUAUCGUGAGGUUAUACACGAACAAAUAGCAGAACGACUGCGUGCCUUGGAUGCUUUAGGCAUCGACAGUGAAUGUUCGUCCGUUAGGUCUGCAUUUAGCACUACUCGGAGUAGGGAACCGCCUACUGCGCGGUCCCAAGCCAGUGACAAGAAUAAGGGAAGCGCCAAAUCGGAUAAGAGUACCAAAUCUCGUGGUUCUAAACCAGACCAAACCCGUACGACCCCGGCACUACCGCAAGAAAAACAAAAAUCAGCAAGGAGUUCGGGAAGGAGUCGUGCCAAAAAUAGAGAGAAAGAGGAAAACGUAGCAGCUUAUGAUAGACUCACUCCACUACAGUACUCCCCAAGACGACGGGUCUAAUAUUUUAGAUGCUUCUUUGUCGAGUUAAUUAAAAAUUUGUAGCAAAGCAAAAUAAACUAUUUUUCAAAUAUUUUUAGAAAUAAUAAAUACCAUUUUAAAUAACACA